UUCACGCGAACGGACGUCCCCCAGAAAAAAACCGCCCCUUCCGCCCCUUUAUUACCGCCCGUCGUCAAGGGCCAGCCGAUCUUCUAGCGUUUUGGCCACGGUAUCGCGCACUGUGGUAGCAUCCUUUCGAGUCGUGUCCACCAGUGUGGGUUAAUCCCUCUUUUUUCGCCGGGUUCCGCAGUGCAAUAUUCGUAUCGUUUAAAAAGCGAAAGCUAGGCGCCAGAUCCCGUGUACAGCCCGAGCAACACCCAAGAUUUACGAUGCUGGAGAAGGAACCGGAUUCAAUGGCCGUGACGAUGAAGCAGGAUUACGCUGCUAGUGAAGUGUACAGCACCACCAGUGAAGCACCACCCGCCUACAAAAUGCGUCAAGCAAACUCGGUGAAGAUCGCCAAGAUUAUCGCCAUCACCGUGGUGCUGUCGUCCUUCAUACUGGGAUCGUUCAUCCUGGCCUCGUCGUACCUGCAGGCGAAGCAGUCCUGCGACCAAAUGCAGGCCCUCGAUGCCGUCCUGAACAAGGAGCUGAUGUUGGAAGCUAUGCAGCAGGAAUUGCCAAAGGCGCAGGCUCUGAUGCAGGACAACCUCUCGGCCGACGAAAGCAACCUGCAGACGAUCGAUCGGGAUGAGAGCAAGAAGCGAAAGCAGGAGGAAUCGCACAAGCACCACAAGGAGGAUUCGGACGAAUCGGGCGACUCCGAGGAUGAGGAUGAUUCCUCGAACGAUGGUGAAAGCGAUGAGUCGCUGGACAUGAACAACCGUCACCGCGUCAACCUGCCGCUGGAUCUGCACCUGACCGAUCUGGCUAGCGCUAUUCUUCGGGAAAACCAGAAAUCCCGCAUGAACUGCAUCGUUGAGCGACGCCGUUCUGAGGAGUUGGUCGAUUCGCCACCGAAAAUGGUGCGCCUGCCAUUCGGAAUGGAUCUGACCACUGACCCGAAGCAGCAGAAGGUUACCGGUGAGCGUAUUGCCAUCUUCUGCGAAUCCGGCAACGAGCUGAAGAACGAGGAUGCAGAGCCUGUCCGUCAGGUGUUGAUCCCGAUCCCGCCGGUUCGCACGUUCGGCCCAAUCACGCACCUGCCCCAGCAGAUGGGACCGCCGGCCCAGACCAUCAUUCGCCAGAUGCCGCGACCAAUCUUCCCGAUGCCCAUGAUGCACCAUCAGCAACCCCAGCAGUCGCCCCAGCAGCAGCUUCCCCCGAUUCCGGCCCAGAUGAUGCAAGCGCCGCACCCGGACGCACCGAUGGGUCGCCCGAACUUCCAUCCGUUCCUGCAGCAGCUGCCCCAGAUCAUGGCCGCACAGAUGCACCAGCAGUCGGCACAACAGCCCCAGCCGGCGAUGCCACCACGCACUGAGGUCCGCAUCCAUCUGCAGCGCAUUCCGAUUCCGGAGAUAAUGCGCCCAUUCUUGCCGCCCCAGAUCAUGCGCAGCCAGCCGGAACCGGAGCAGCAGCAGCAGCAACAGUCGGCCCCACAGCCGCAGGCACCCCAGCAGCAGGAGGUCCAAAUCCGCGAGAUGCCGAUCGAUAUGGCGAUCCACAAGUUCCCGAUGCCGUCGUCGGAUGAGAUGAACGUCGCCGACUUUGCUGCGCAGAAAUUCACCGAGCAGCUGCGAUCGCUGAUUGCUCGCAUUGCCGAAUCGGAGGAAAGCGAUGAAGAGACCGACUCCUAUCGUAACGUGCCCGAUCAGGAAGGACCGUCGCCCCAUUCGGAUGAGCGUGAGCUGCAGGAGCAGCAGCCGCCGCGCCCGACCGAGCCGGAAAUGGCGCACCAGGAGGAACAGGAGCAGCAGGCCAACCAGCAGCCGGAGCAACAGGCACCAGCGCAACCGCAACAGCCCGAACCGCAACCAAUGCUGCCGAUGGGACGGAUCCACUACGGUCGCAGUCUGCUAACGCCGAUUAGCUUGCCCGGAAAGGUGGUGGAAACUUCCGCCUCCGAGGAGGACGCUGUCCGUCCGCAUUAUGUCCAACCACGAUCGGUUUAAAGCGAUCGUAAGGACGGGCUUACCACGGCACCGGUAGUCCCUAUCUGCAACACCCUAUGGGCUUGUUUUUUUCUUCUUCCUUCUCCUUCUUUUGUUUAUGUGCGCCCACCCCAAAAAAAAACCCACAUACAAAACACAAACUAAGAUGUGAUUUUAAAAAGGCAGAAUUACCACGCAACUAAAAGGACUUAAACACUGCUAGUACUACGCACACUAUUACGGGACACAGAUGGAGAACGACAGAACAGUACGAUAGUAUGAACAUCCGGACAAAUCAGCGAAUCUCAAACGUGGUCGGUGGUAAAAAAAACACACACAUCGUCAAGAUGGGCGAAAAGAAAAAAGAAUAUGUAAAUAUAUUUUUGGAUUUUGAAGUGAACAAAGGUACGGGGAUGGGCAAAUUAAAGCCAACGCGGCUCGAAACCACCAGAACGAGCGUUUAUGCGUAGCGAGUAAUGUGAAGCAUUUGUUUGCCGUGCUCGAAGUGAUAAGUGAUAACGCAUACGCAUUUGGAGAGAAACUGGCACGGAACGUGUGUAUUGUCGGUGUGUUUGUUGGGAAGGAUUCAGGCAGUACAGCUACACCGCUUUCCGCAACAAGUACAACGGAGACCCUGAUGUUUCGAAACUAAACAUCCCAUUUUUAGUAAGCAAAAGCAAGCACACCUGUUUCUCGCAAGAGGACGAUACAAGGUAGACGGACAGGCAUCAACUGUGUAUGUUCUACGC